AUGCCUGAACAAUUGGAUAUAUUGACCUCUCAACAACAACAACAACAACAACGGCCACCACCAAAAGUGCCCCCAAAGCCUAAAGUGCCGCCUAAACCGCCAAGAGAAAAGUUGGAAAAUAAACAACAACAACAACAACAACAACAACAACCAAUUUUAGAAGCAAAAAUAAAAGAAGAAAAUAAAGAAGAAAAUAAUAUCAAUAAUAUUAAAUCAGAAUUAUUCAAAAGAGCAAAUUCUGUUAGACUACCAAAAUCAGAACCUUUUAAAAUUACAACUUUACCUUCAACAUCAACAACAACUAUAAUAAAGCCUUCUGCUAGACCGCCGCCUCCACCUCCUAAAGCAAUAAAAUCAGAAUUAAUUGAACAGAGGCCGAGAUUGCCAGAAAACCCCCCACCUCCACCACCAAAACAAUUUGUUUACCAACAACCAUCCCAAAUAACCAACAAUAAUUUUAAUUCUGAAAUUUAUACUGAAAUUGAAGCAAAUAAUGAACAAUCUACAAAUAAACCACAAAAAUUACAACAAAAAAUAUUUUUGGAAAUAAAUAAAAAUUUGAGAAGAAGAAGCAAUGAAAGGCGAAGAACUACUCAAUUUGAGCUUUUUAAUGAAGGCAAAAUUGUUAAAAAACAAAAUGAAGAUGAUGAAAAUUAUAAUGAUAUUGAGAAUAAUGCUUCGGAUUUAACGUUAAAAAAUUCAAAAUCUACUCGUUUCUCCCACAUUCCACGCUCAUCAACUACCGAUUAUAAAUGUGAAAAUGUAUCUACAGCAUUAACUAACUCAAUUCAUGUACUUCCCUCUUGUGCUAGUCAAAGACUGUCUAGGGCUCAAGAUUUUGGACGUUUUGGUAUUGGAAUAAAACAAAAUUUGGCUAAAGGGAUGUGUAAAAUCCGUUCAAGAAUGUCUUAUCUUUCCUCUGCUUCCUCUUCUCCUUCACCUUCUUUUAAAAACGUGAACAACAAAAGAAAUGAUUUUAGUACAAUGACUUUGGAUAGACAUCAAAACUUCUCUAAUCAAUCUAAUAGCAACAAAAAACAAAAGCAAUUUAAAAGAAAUUCAACAUUUUAUUUGGAUGAAAAUGAGGAAGAGGAAGGAAACAACAGCAACAAAAAUAACAACAACAAAAACAAUAUUUCACAGCAGGAAAAUGAGGAGGAAAGGGAAGAACAAUUUUUAGAAGAAAAUGACUAUUUUGAUGAUGAUUGGUCAAGCAGCACAGAUACUAAUACCUCUAAUUUAGAAAAACAAGAAGAGGAAGACGAAGAAGAAUAUAUGGCUGAAGCAACAACAUUUUCUUUUGAAGGUAGGGGGAAAUUUUUAAAAAAUUAUUUUAAACAUUAG